UCGCGCCUAGUUGUGAUUUCCUAGGAAUGGGCGAUCUCUAAUUCUCUAUGCAUUUAAUGAGUAAAUAAUAAUAAUAUUAUUGAUCAUUUUUAAUCAUAAAUAAUUCAAAACAUAGGUACCUUAGCCCUCAGAUACAGCCAUGCCUGACCAUUGGCAAAUUACCGGAAUGAUAAUACCCGCAUCCAAUGGGACAUUUUUCAACACGAAAUGGACACCAUCUACUAAACCGCUCUCAGCGUACGACAUGCUCUACCAUCCGCCAGACUACAACCCUAGAUCUGCGAGGUCCGAUCGCCAGGAACCACAAAUUAUUAGAAACAAUAUCUGGGAACAGGAAUUCAACAAGGGCAUUCCUUCCACCACUCACUUAAAUUUAGGUCGACCUAAAUGGAAACCUUUGGAUAUCGCAACAAAACAGUUUGUUAAAGCACAAGUGAAGAACGAUAACCCUCACACCCGCAUUAACAAUGUCCUUAGAUGGGUGGAACUUCCCAAUGCUGGCAAACUGAGUUUUUGUAGCAAAAUAUGACCAUUUCUAAAUAAAUUUUAUCUUUAUACGUACCCA